AUGCAGCAGCAGCAGCAGCCGCCGCCUCCGAGGAGGAUGGUCGCGUCGAAGAAGCUCAUGAAAGUCGGGCCAUGGGGCGGCACCGGGGGCAACACGUGGGACGACGGCGGGCACACCGGGAUCCGCGGCGUCACACUGUCGUACGACCACCGCUGCGUCGUCUCCAUCGCCGUGGAGUACGACAGGAGCGGCCUCGCCGUCCCCGGCGAGCGGCACGGCGGCGCCGGCGGCAACCACACCACCCAGAUCAAGCUGAGCUUCCCGGACGAGCACCUGACGGCCGUGAGCGGCCGCUACGGCGCGGUGGCUCCCGGUGGCUCGCCAGUGAUCCGGUCGCUGGCGUUCAGGACGGAGCGCGCGGCGUACGGGCCGUUCGGCGCCGCCGAGGGCACGCCGUUCGAGUUCGCGGUGGAGGGCGGCGUGAUCGUGGGGUUCUGCGGGCGGAGCGGCUGGCAGCUGGACGCCGUCGGGAUGUACGUGGCGCCGCUGCGGCCGGAGAAGCUGUACGACAAGGUGCAUCACCUGGGGCUCAUGGCCUACCGCUCGGUCAUGCACCGGCUCGGGCCGGCGCCGGCACCGCCACAGGACGAGCUGCCGGAGGCGAGAGUUCAGCAUCAGCGUCAGAACGGCAGUGUGGUUCAGACAAGUCGCAAGAAUUACUAA